AUGCCUCACGAAAACAUCGAAUUCCAAACAGCCGACCAUGUCACUUUGCGAGGAUGGUUCUUCCGUUCUUCAACAAAGCCAUCAGAAACCAGGCUGCCAUGCCUUGUGAUGUCUCACGGGUUCUCCGCCUUGAAAGAAAUGGACCUUGACACGUUUGCGGAAUAUUUCACCCAGAACCUGCCCAUCAGCUGUCUAGUAUAUGACAACCGAGGAUUCGGGGACAGUGACACCAAGGCAGGCCAGCCUCGCCAUGAGAUCCUCCCGAGUCAACAGACAAGCGAUAUUUCCGACGCCAUCACGUACGCGCAGUCUCGCACCGACGUUGAUCCCGACCGCAUCGGCAUCUGGGGCAGUUCUUACAGCGGGGGCCAUGUGCUAUGGGUUGGCGCAGUUGACCGGCGUGUGAAGGCGGUGCUCUCGCAUGCUCCGUUCGCAGAUGGUUGGACGAAUAUGAAUCGGCUCAUUCGGCCUGAUAUGGUGGAGGCAGUGAACAAGGGGUUUCAGGAAGACAGGCUGGCCCGCGCCGCAGGCAAACCCCCUGCGAUGAUGAAAGUGGUGGAUGAAGACCCCCUGAAACCAUCUGCCCUCCCCACUCCAGAUAGCUAUCAGUUCUUUAGUGCGUGGGAAGCCAAGUCUAACUGGAAAAAUGAGGUCACGCUGAAAACUCUCGAGGCGGCUCGCGAAUAUUACCCUUCAGCGCAUAUCCACCACAUCUCGCCAACCCCGCUGUUGAUGACUGUGGCAGAGAAUGAUGUCAUCACUCCCACUGAUAUUGCUCUGGAGGCGUAUUCUCGGGCCCGGGAGCCAAAGAAGUUGCGGAUCCUCCCCGGCGGCCAUUUUGAUAGUUAUAGCGGUGAAGGCUUCGAUCGUGUUGCAUCGGCUCAGGCGGACUUUCUGAAGGAGUAUUUGGUUUGA